CGAUCAGUGUCUUCUCCGAUCGUACUGACUUCUCCGAUGGCACAAAUCAGAUCCGAUCAUGGCAAUUUUUUCUCUGCGGCUACUGAGUAUGAGAUAUUGAGAGGGAUAGCUGAAGGUAGUUCUGGCCAAGUCUUUUUAUGCAAGAAUAUGUUAGAUCAACAUGAAUAUGCAUUAAAGAAGAUUUUUAUUGAAGAGGAUGAUGAUGAUGAAAAAAUCCUUGAGGAGGCUAGGAUUAUGGCUAGCUUGGAUCACCCACACGUCAUUCGCUACUAUCAGGUUUGGCGAGGUGAUAACAGUUACAAUUUUGAGAAAUUUGCUGGGGAAUUUGAUAGUUCGAGUGAUGACUCAAGUGGGAAGAGAGAUCCUUCCAGGUCUUGCAUUUAUAUUUUGAUGGAAUACUGUCCAAAGACGCUGGAAACAGUAUUCAGAGAGGGAAUUAGCGAGGAGCUUGCUAUGAGAUAUUUUCGACAAAUUGUCGAAGGCUUAGACUAUAUUCAUAGUCAAGGCUUGAUCCAUCGAGAUAUAUGCUCUCAGAAUCUAUUUUUAGAUUCUGAGAAGCAAAUGAAAAUUGGAGAUUUCGGACUAGCAAAAUUUAUGGAAGUCAAAGACGGAGAAUUUGGGUUACAAAGUUCAGAUGAUUACGGACACCAUUUCUACAGAAGUCCAGAAGCGACGAAGAAUUCCUGGAUUACGCAGAAGUCUGAUAUCUACAGCCUUGGAGUCUUGCUCUUUGGACUCCUGUAUCCCAGUAAAACAGAAGUGAUGAGGAUAGAAAAGUUGAACGAGUUGCAAAAAUCUCUUGACUUUCCUGACGAUUGGAAGUAUCCCGAUCUUAUCCCAUUGAUCCGGGUCUUGAUGUCAAAAGAUCCUUCUGUACGUCCAUCUACAGCAGACAUACUGGCUCGAGAACAACUGUGGGCAAUAGUAGAUGAUGUUCAAGUUCAACAGCUUAAGGAAGAAAAUUUACAACUCAAAGAACAAUUGCAGCAGGUUGACAUGGGUAUGGAUAUGACAAGAACACACUUAACCAAAAGGCCCCACACUUUUUGAAUGGACUGAAAAGUUUAUUUGUUAGCCUGAUAAAUCAUACAAGGUAAAGGUUCAAUGAUGGUGCUGCUCUCAAGUUCAUAUCUGGUGUAAUCAACAUUAUCAAGUCAGAGCUUUGAAGAAUUAUGCCCUAGAGUUGUUUCUUGUGCUGAUAUUCUGGAUUUGGCAGCCAAAGAUAUUGUUUUUGGUUAGCCAAUGACUGUUGUAUGCGCUAUAUGGAUUCUCUUUCCAUCUGCUACAGGUGUACUCUCCAAAGUCUGGAGUGGUUUGAAAUGUUUGGAUAUUACAUUUUUAGCAGUAGAUUUUUUCAUUUUUAUACA